AUGGCACCAUCAGGGGAAACGACGGUCCCCCCGACGCGUCGAACGCGCAAAUCAAUUGGAGGGGGUCCUCCGACGAAACGAACACUGGAUAAGGAGAAUGCGACACUCGAUGUGGGCAGCGCUACGGGUGGCACGCGGAAGAAGUCGCGGAGCAAGAGCAUGGGGCCUGGCGGAUUCGAUCUCCUUAAGUCGGGGACGGGGAAUCGCAGAGCAUCCAUUGCCGUUCCAACACCACGAUCGAUCCUAAAGCCGACGAUGCCGCCGAUCCAAGAUAUCCCGUCCUUCAAGCCGAAACAACAAGGGAGCAAUGAACCUUCCGGAACCAGGGUCCUCUUGCGGACAGAGGAGGAACAGCAGGCAGCGGCGCGCAAGCGAGAGGAGCAGGAGCGCGCACAGCUGGCACGGGAAAUCAAGGACAGACGGGAUGCGCGGCGGAAGUCGCUGGCUAACCGGCGCGUCUCGUUCGCGGCCGAGGCGACACUACAUACCUUUCACGAUCUCGAAGAAAUGCAGGAUUCGACAACGUCGACUGAUUCCACACGCCGCGCAUCCCAGCAGCAGCAACAACAGCAGCAGGAGGAAGAAGAACAACCACAGCCACCGCCAGCGCCCGAUUCCGACCCGCCAUCCACACCCCCCGAUGCGAUCGAGGAAGAAGUUGCCGAGUCCCCCGCUCAUCAAGGAGACCUACACCAGCGAAAGCGCCGACGCAGUUCCGCCGCCUCCUCGACGUAUGGAUCAGACGACACGAUGGCGUCGACUGUGUACGACUCAGACUUUGAGAAUGCAGACGGCGUAGCAGACAUCCAAGCGGUGGAGAUGGAAGGGUCCAGCGACGAGGACGGGACGAUCAUGACGGUGGACGCGGAGGAGAUGACUUCGGCGUCGACGGCGUCGCCGCGGUCGCCACGCUCGGCGUACGAGAAUGAUACCACGGGCAGUCUGGACGAGAAUCUGCGGCUUGCGGCGCGCCGGGCGGUCACGCAAAGUAUUGAUGAGGAUGAGGAGGUUAUUGCGGGGUUUGCGGGGUGGGGGAAGAAGAAUCCGUCGUCGCAGGGCUCGUCACAGCGCUCGUCGCAGGGGAGUAUUGGGCAGGGGGCCGCAAAGGAGAGCCAUAUUCCAGAAGGUGAUGGCUCCGAUGCAGAUGCGGACGCGGAUGAAGAUAUGGAUAUGGACAUGGACAUGACCAAGGCGGUGGGCGGGAUUGUGUAUCCCAAGCUCCCGUCUCCUGAGAAGGACGACGACGACGUCAACGAGGAGCUGUCGAUGGACGUCACUACGGCCCUUGGGGGGAUUCUUUCCAAAGCCAAGGCUUUCCUGCGCCGUAAAUCUGUCAAUCCGACCCCUCAGCAGGAACCUGAGGAGCCGGAGGAGCAGACGAUGGAUUUCACAACUGCGGUGGGCGGUAUUCAAAGCGGUCGAGCAGUUGAUCGCCACGACCACGACAACACGGAGAUCAACGAGGACAUGUCGAUGGAGUUUACCACGGCUGUAGGCGGUCUGCUACCGGGUGGCCUGUCGAAGAGCGGCCAGCAGAACAACCGACGGCGAACAAUAGUGACCAACGACGAAGACGACGAUGGGGCCAUGGACAUGACGAUGGGUGUGGGGCGCAUCCUGCCUGCGGAAGAAGCUGAAGUCGAGGACGAACAGACCACGGGCAUGGACAUGACGAUGGCGGUCGGGGGCAUCAUCAAGCCGGCCGCGGCAACUCCAGAAGCCCGAUCUGCCGGUCGAAAAAUCAUGGAGCAGGAAGCCGACGAGCCGCUUCUCAGCUCUCCCAUGCGGCGGACGCCUUCCCCAGUAAGGACCACGCCCCGGGCCCAGCAGCAGCAACAACGCCGCGCCAAAACACCCCCCUCCAUCUUCGGCACCGCGUCAAGUUCCCCCAUGCGCAACCUGUCAUCCCCCACCAAGAAAUCCACACCCCGUUCCCCAACAAAACCCCGGCUCUUCCAGCAAGAUCCCAGCACGGGCAUCAACACGCCCCAGGUCGUCCUCACCCCCCAGGGCCGACGGCUGUCGGGAGUCGGUGUCGACCGGCCAGGGCUAGGCUCGCCGCGGGUGGCAGAGGUGUUUGACCGACGGGAAUCGAUUGGGAAAGCGGCCGGGGAGUUUGUGCUGACGAGUUCUGCGCAGGCUACGGCGGGACAGAAGAAGCGGAAUGUGGUGUUUGCUGAUCCGAGGGUGUUGGAGGCUGAGAUUGAGCGGGAACAAGCAGAGCAUGAUGAUGAAGAAGAAGAAGACCAAGAUCAAGAACACCGUGAAGGAUCAGUCAACAACCUGAUGGACAUGAUCCAGGGUAUGAGUCCGCAAAAGAAAAAAGCCACAAACCCGCUUCGCGGGCGGAAGAGUCUGCACGUCGGUAGCGCGCUGGGUCUACUUGGGAAACGGCCGCAUGAGCUGGAUGAGGACGAGGAUCAGGACGGGUAUGGGUCCGGAUACGGGGAUGAAGAUGGGGUGAAGCGGCUGAAGGGACACCAGGGAAGUCCGGUGAAGAAUAUCCGGCUGCGGUCACCGCCGUCUAAGGCUGAGACGACCACGGGCCGGAAAACCAGGCCGAGUUUGCGGUCAGUGGAUAGACUGGCCGUGCCAGACCUGGCGAGUUCGCCGCACCAGCGGGCGACUACCCCUCGUGGGCAGGACCAUGACACUCUGAUGGGGACAGUCGAGGUGGCCGAAGUGGAUGUCCAAGAAGAAGACGAAGACGACGGCGAGCGCAUGCAUCUGCAGGACUUCCUCAACAUGACGAGUAUCCGGUUCAUGGAGCUGACGACGACGAAACGGCGGCACACGAUUGCGCCGGGGGGACAGUCUGGCUCGCGGGAGAGUGCGGCGGCUGAUGCGGCGGAUGAUAUGUCGCUGGAGCGGUGUGUGGUUGCGGGGGCGUGUACGGUGCCCAUGUUGGAGUUGUAUCAGCAUUCCUGCCGCGAACUCAAAAAAUACAUCUCCGAAGGCCGACGCAUAGUCCGCGAAAUCGAAACCGAAACCUUCGAGGAGAACCCGCCCCUCUUCCGCGAAUACCUGACCGCCACCCCCGAGUUCCGCGGCCUCAUGGACACCCAAUUCAAAAAUGUCAAAACCCACGCCCGCCUGCUCAGCAAAGCCAUGUGGUACGAGUGGCGCAUGAAACUGCUCCAGGACGGACUCCGCGAGGGGCUACGCCAGACGGCGGAGGGGAUGGAUGCGGACGAUGCGCGGCUGAAGCAGCGGGAGCGGAUGCUGGCGGAGGUGGUGUUGCCGGAUUUGCUGGCGCGGCGAGAGGCGUUGGAGAGGGAGGUGGAGGAGUUGGAGGUUGUGGUGAGAGAGAUGGAGGAUUGUGAUCCGGCCGAGUUGGCGGAUGCUAGGGCCGAGUUGGAGGAGGUCGAAAACGGGCUGGCGGAGAAGACUAGGAUGUGGGAGGAGUUGAAGGGGGAGAUGGAGGAGGUUGUGCGGGAGGGGGAGCAGUUGGCGGAGAGGAAACAGCGGUGUUUGGAGGAGAUUCGGGAGGCGGAACAGAUGCGGGAGGCGUAUCGCGGGUGGUCGUCGGAGGAGAUCAAUAAGCAUCGGGCACAAACCGACGCGAUCGAGAAACACCACGGCUGGGCGAUCGUCUCCAUCGCCCAAACCACCAUCACCAUGCGCUACCGCCGCGAAGUCGAGCUCACCUUUGACUUGGCAUCUUUCCAGCCAAAAACCCCCAAGAAAACCAAACCCAUCCCCAUCAAAGUCAACUACACCGGCACCGAAUGCCCACCAGAAAAGUUCUUCUUCCUCCGCCAUCUACGCACAUAUCUCCAAUCGCCGAAAUUCACGAUCAAGACCGGUUCACCCCGUGCGCUACUCACCACAGUCUCCACGGCGUGGGACCAAGCGGGGUCUGUGACGGAGCAGAUCCGCCGGUUGAGGCUGUCGUUUCCUACUACGGUUGUGCCGGAGUCCAACUCUAACUCCAACGGAUCCGAAGCAGAUGGAUCAGAGGGCACGCUACAAGUGACAUCCUCCCUCCUCCUCGGACCGCUACAAACCCGAGUCGAAGUCACGUUCCACGUGACUUUGGGCUCCUGGGCAGAUGAGCCCGAAAAAGGUAAAGAUGGUCUAGCAAUGAAUAUCCGGCCCGAGGCAAAGGUGGUUUACGGUGAGCCGUUCCAGCCGGAGAAGAUGACGGAGUUUGUGGUGGGACGGUUGGGUAAAGAUGCCGGGGUUGGGUGGGAUGAGGUGGUGCUGGGGUUGUUGAAGCGGUUGGGGAGGCGGAGGGGGGAGAGGGCGUAA